CGUCUCCCACAUUGUAGACAGACACUUUACAGUCAGAGCCACCAGGGGAGUUUGGCUGACUAGGGGUUAAAUGUGGGGGAGGGGCGCAGCAGGAAAUGGGGGGGGUGCGACGUCUGGUGUCACGUGACAUGGGCUGCCAUAGUAACAGGCCUCCCUGCCUUGCAUCCAAUCAGAUAUGGACAGUGUCUGUGACGUCAGGGAAAGCAGGGCCUAUAAAUUCGGCCAACGGCCUUCAACGUCCUCACUCUUCUUCCAGCUGAGCUGGGGGAGUGGUGGCGCUGCCAUGUCUGAACCAACCCCUGACAACUCGGAGGAAGACAUAAUCACCAAAGAAAUGGGCACCUCUGAAAUUGAGCCCUCUGAUACGGAGAUGGCGGAAGCAGGGCCCUCCAAUCCAGACCCGUGUGAUGCCGAACCAAAAAAGGCAAAGCGGAAGACAGCUAAGGGCCGCCGUUGCCGUUGCCGCCGCCGCCGCCGCUGCGGUCAGGGCAAUUUCUCAAGCUUUGCUACCUAUUUCCCUAGGGUGCUGAAGCAAGUACAUACAGGCCUGAGUCUUUCCCGUGAGUCCGUGAACGUCCUGGACUCGUUUGUGAAAGAUAUGUUCGAGCGGAUUGCCGAAGAGGCCGGGCGCCUGGCCCACUGCAGCAGGCGCUGCACCAUCAUGACCGAAGACAUCCAGACAGCCGUGCGUCUUCUGUUGCCUGGGGAGCUCGGCAAGUACGCCGUGUCCGAGGCCAGCAAGGCGGUCGCCAGAUACCGCACCAGCAGAUGAACUGCCCCAGGACUGUCUGACCAUCGCAAAGCAGACUUAAGGGUUCUCCCCUUAGGCCCUACAUUUAAUCUUUAAAACAUUUCUACCCCAAAGAAAACAAUAAAAACCUCAUU